CCGUCCAUAGACCGCGGUGCCAUGGCAACAGUUUAGAACGUGAUGACGUCUCUUCGGAUAGAGUAUUAUGGGCUAUCCAGCAAGCAUUAUUGAGGCAGAGAGCUGAGGGAAAAAAUCGCUGUGAGGUUGAAGUAAACAUGGAGCUCUCAGCCGUCGGGGAGCGCGUCUUCGCCGCCGAAUCCAUCAUUAAACGGCGCAUAAGGAGAGGACGGAUGGAGUAUCUGGUCAAAUGGAAAGGCUGGUCUCAAAAAUACAGCACCUGGGAACCAGAGGAGAAUAUUCUGGAUGAGCGUCUUUUCGCUGCAUUUGAAGAAAGAGAACGUGAGAGGGAGAUGUUUGGGCCAAAAAAGAGAGGACCCAAACCAGAAACAUUUUUAAUGAAGGCAAAAGCUAAAGCAAAAGGCAAAAACUAUGAGUUCAGACGGGAAAUGUCCCGAGACUUACACGUGUCAUUCCCGGUAGCCGAACCGGUUGUGACGCCCAGAGCACGUGAGGGACUGCGGACAGUCGUGCCAACGAUUUUCCCACCGAGCACCAUCAACAGAGGCGAAAGUGUUCGUGUGCGCCCACCGGACCUUGAGAGAGACCCACUGACUCAUGGGACACCGCUACAACGGCCGCUGGAUUUUGCCAGCUCACCAAAAAAGCGAGGACCAAAGCCAAAGUUGCGUCCAGGAGGUUCAUCCCCUGAAGGUGUUAAAAGAAAGGCAGAUGAACCGUUAUCUUAUCGACCCUCCAAAACUGAGAGAUCGGGAGAGACCUCAAACUGUGACGUCAUCCAUUUAACCCAAAAGUUUCCAGCAGAAUCCAGCCACAUUCAGAAGCAAAUGGGAAGCAGGACAAGCGACGUAAAGUUCACACAUGGUGGCACCAUCUUAAAAGCUGGGCUUGGUGUUCUGGGACAUCGACGGAAGGACAGUCCAAGUGGUGCCAUAAACCAAUCCAAGAUGAAACAUCCUCCCAAAAACAAUCUAUUUCGAUCCACCGAUCAAACCAGAGAGCAACUGUCUCUGAGUUUCGUAGACGAAACCGAUCAGUCCUGGUUGCCUUGUUUGAAGAAUAUGGAGAAAAUUAUUGUUACUGACGUAACAAGUAACUCUUUGACUGUAACCAUAAAAGAGAGUUCAACAGACAAAGGCUUCUUCAAAGAAAACAGAUGAUGUGAUUUUUUGUUUAUGUAUGUAUGUAUGUGUGUUUAUGAAAUACUGUAAUCAAAUUAGAAACGACAUACAUUUCUAUAUCAUUUCUAGUCUAUAAAUGUCAAGUCUUGCAAUCAUGUACAUAAUGCAAAAAAUAUAUAUAUAGUUUAUGUUUAGCUUCCAUUUCCAUUCACAUUUUCUAUGAAAAUGAAGUUUAUUUUUCUAUUUCUCAGAUUCUAUGUAACACACCUGUUGGUUUCUUCUUUUGGUUGCUUUCUUCAGCUUUAUUAUGAAUGGUAUAGAUGCUGUUAACCCAUUAUUAACGUUUUAAUGCACCUUUUAAGCGAGAUAUUGUUUAGUACCUCUUUUAUGAACGUAUGUUAUUUUUCUGGUUAGAUUUUGUAUAUAUUUGAAGGUCCAAACAGUAGUCUGUAUUAAAGCACACCCUUUAAAAAGAGUGAAGGGAAAUAAGCUA